AUGAGGCAGGCGGUGGAGGCUCAGGUGUUAAACCCCCACUGUGAGCUCGGAGAACACGGCCUGCGUCAGAUCCUGACAGAUGUGAUUGAGGAGGUGAGGCAGUCAGUAGAUCAGGAUAUUGAUGGAGCGGAGAUUCUCCACAGCCUGCUGAACGCUUCCUGGCUGCAGUCGUUGCUCAAGGUUUAUGAGUGUCUUCAAAGGUACCUGAGAGAUUCCCCGGCUCCGGCUCUGGACUACGCUUCAGGACUCUCAUUUCAGCUGCUGAUAGACAUCAGAGCGUUACCAGGCUGCUCUGAAGAGGCCAAGGAGCUCUAUCGACUCCUGAGACAACCUCACCUGCAGGCUCUCCUCUCAGCUCAUGAUACGGUGGCCCAGAAGGACUAUGAGCCGGUGUUGCCUCCGAUGCCCGACGAGGUGCCAGAAGACGAGGAGGCCACCCGGAUCGUCUGCCUGGUGAAGAACAAACAGCCUCUGGGAGCGACUAUAAAGAGAAACGACAUCACAGGGGAGAUUUUUGUGGCUCGUGUGAUUCAUGGAGGUCUGGCUGAUCGGAGCGGUCUGCUCCAUGCCGGGGACAGGAUCAUGGAGGUUAACGGUUUUCCGGUGGAUGGGAUGGAACCGGAGCAAGUUAUCCAAGUCCAAGCGAGGUCGCAAGGCACCAUCAUGUUUAAGGUCAUUCCCAUCACAGAGAGGCCGGUCCACAACCAGACCAUGCUGUAUGUCCGGUCCAUGACAGACUACAGCCCUCAGCAGGAUCCCACCAUCCCCUGCGCAGACGCCGGUAUGAGCUUCAGAAAGGGGGACGUGCUGGAGAUCGUAGACCAGACCGACUCUCAGUGGUGGCAGGCCAAGAAACUUCCCAGCAACAUGGCCUGCGCCGGCCUCAUCCCCUCUGCCGGCCUGCUCAAACGGAAGCAGAGGGAGUUCUGGUGGUCUCAGCCUUAUCUGCCACAUGCCUGCAUACAAACCCUGAGCACUGUAGAGGAAGAGGAAGACAUGAUGGCCAUCGAUGACAGAUGUGUUGAAGCAGAUGAGGAAGCAUUUGAAUCUGACGAGCUCAGAGAAGACGAGGAUGACUUCAGCGGCAAUAUUGAAGGAAUCUACUUAGUGGGCUUCAGGCGCAGCAUGCGUCUGUGUCGUCGUCGGUCUCACAGCACCACCCAUCCGUCCUGCCACACCCGUAACCCCAGCGGCUGCAGCAGCGCCUUCAGCAGCCCCUACGAGGAGGUGGUACGCCACCAGCGCCACCCGCAGGACCCACAGCGCCUCAUCGCCCUCAUAGGUCCGUCUGGUGUUGGUGUGAAUGAACUUCGGAGGCGCUUGAUUGAAAUGAGUCCAAGCAUCUUCCAGGGACCAAUACCUCACACCACGAGAGCACCCAAAGGAUACGAGGAGUCCGGCAGAGAGUAUUACUUCACCAGCCGCGAAAUCUUUGACAACAUGGUUUAUAACAACUGCUUCCUGGAGUAUGGAGAGUACAAAGGGAAUAUGUACGGCACCAGCAUCGACGCUGUGAAAGAAGUUUUAAACAGUGAAAAAAUCUGUGUCAUUGACAUCGAACCAAAUGCCAUUCAGGCAGUGAGGACUCAUGAUCUGAGAGCUUACAUCAUCUACGUGAAGCCGCCGUCAGUGGAGCACCUCAGGGAGACGAGACAGGACUCGUACAUCACCACCAACUACUACGUCAACCGACCGUUCAAAGAUGAAGACUUCCAGGAGAUAGAAGAAUCAGCCCGGAAGAUCGAGUCCCACUUCGGGCAGUUCUUCGACCACAUGAUCGUCAACGAUGAUCUGCAGGACUCGUGCGUGCAGCUGCUGACUGCGGUGAGGAAAGCACAGGACGAGCCGCAGUGGGUCCCCGCCAGCUGGAUACGACCCACCUCUGAGUCAUAA